ACCCCCUCCACAAAAUUAAAAUCAUAUAAAAAAAUUUUUUCUGAAGUGUGUGUGCGGGUACAAAAAAAUCAUUCUACAUUUUUAACGUGUAAUUUGUCCAUAAAAUCAUAAAAAAACUAAUCAAAUAAAUUGUAAAUUAAUGAAUAGACAACUACAAAACUAAAAGCGUAUACAAAAGAAGCGACAGAGAAAAAAAACCGAAACCGACAAAAAUGGCCGAUCUCGAUGCCGUCAACCUCGGUCUCGACGAAAAUGAAGCUGAUAUAGCUGAAGAAUUGCAGGAUUUCGAGGAUUCAUUUGAUACUCGCAGUGAAGCAUCUGCUGCAAGUUCAAGUAGUUCGGCAUCCCAACCAAGUAUAAGUUCAGUGAGUACCGCAGAUUCGUCGGUAGGUGGACCGAAAAGCAGGCGUGGUGCCGGAGGGGCAGGAGGUGGUAAUAAAGUUGGUAAUGCUAAAGAUGGUAAUCGUAAUAAACGUGAACGAUCCAAAGCUAAGUCAUCGGCGUCAGCAGCUUCCAAUCAAAAAGCUAAAAAACUUAAAACUAGCGAAAACUCAGCCAAGACCACCAAAGACAACUCGGAGAAGAGGUCUGCCUCGAUUGAGAAAAAAACUACCAUCACUUUGAAGAAACCCAAAAUCGAGCCUGCUAGUAGCGACAGCGAUAGUGACCACAAUGACAAAUUGGACAAGCGAAAUGGUCGCACUGCUAGCAAAAGCAAGAGUAAGUCACGCAGUCGCAGUAAAAGCAAGAGUGUGAGUCGCAGCCGAAGUCGGUCGGGGAGUAGCGACAGUGAUGUUGGGAAGCGUAGGAAGCGUAGCACUAGCAAUGAAAAUAAUACUAGUGGCAGUAGUGCUGGGGAUGGGAAACCCGCGAAGAGUUCUUCUUCCAAGUCUUAUGACUAUAUGACGAAAUUGAAUUAUCUCUUUAGGGAUACUAGAUUCUUUUUGAUUAAAUCGAAUAAUGCUGACAAUGUUGCACUGUCCAAGUCGAAGAAUGUGUGGUCGACACUGCCGCAGAAUGAAGCGAAUUUGAAUCAGGCAUUCAAGGAGUCGCGCAAUGUUUUGUUGAUUUUCUCUGUAAAUGAGAGUGGAAAAUUUGCUGGAUUUGCUCGCAUGAGCGGUCAAUCUCGUCGGGAUAUCCCUCAAGUGGCUUGGGUAUUGCCACCUAGCAUUUCUGUCAAAGCUCUGGGUGGUGUCUUUGAACUAGAUUGGAUUUGUCGCAAAGAACUAUCAUUCACAUGUACAGCGCAUUUGUACAAUAUUUGGAAUGAUGGCAAACCCGUCAAAAUCGGACGAGAUGGCCAAGAAAUCGAGCCUAAAGUUGGAGCCGAACUUUGUCGUCUAUUUCCAGAAGAUGAAAACAUUGAAAUGACACCAAUAUUGCGCAAGUCUAAGGAGACGGCCAAAAUGAUGCGCGAAAAGGGUAUCCGAAUGCAGUAUAAGGUACCAACGCGUGGCCUCUCUUCGAUGCGUGGUGGUGGCAGUGGGAGGGGACAUCAUUCCGGUGGCUAUGGUGGUGGAGGUGGUGGUCCCAUGCGUGGUAAACGCCCUUACAUCCCUGGUGGUGGUCCUCGUCAUCACCAAAAAAUGGGUGGUGGUAUUCUUCCCUCGGGUGGCGGAAGUUUUAAACGCUCAUCGUCGCCCUACAAUCGCUCAGAUCGUGUACCUCCAUGGGAAAGGUAUAUGACAUCUGCUGCCGCAGCAGAGGCAUAUGUAGCCGACUACAUGCGCACCAUGCACGGUCAAUUGCCGCCGUUGCCUUUUGUUCCUCCAUUUUCGAAUAUGAUGCCUGGUGCACCAGCCAUGCCCGCAUCCCUACCACCGCCCAACAUGCCUCCACCCAUGUAUGAGCAAAUUCCGCCGCCAGUACGCUACUACGAUGGCCCUCCGCUGCCGGACUAUCCACCGCCGCAGCCAACUCGUCCUCCUCCACCAGGAGGCUACGAGAAACACUCGCCCUAUGACGAAGCCGUUCCUCUAUGGAAAGGUGGCGGCGGCGCAGACAGAACUAGCAUGCCCAUGGGUGUACCACCCACAGUUCAUCCCUUCUCAAUGGGCUCAGGUGGAAUGCAGAUGCCUGGUGUCAAUCACAAAAGCAGCAGCAGCAACGGUAACGUUUCUUCACCCAUGCCACCCUAUCGUAAUCGCGACUUCACAAACAGAAACCGUGAGCGCGGCGGCCGUGACUACCAUCGCGGUGGCGGCGGCGGUGGCCGUGGAAGCGAUCGGGAUCGCCAGUUUCGUGAUCGUAGUAAUCGUAGUAGCUAUAGAGAGCGCCGUUAACUGAUCGCUCAGUGACAGCGCCCUCUAUAAGUUUUUGUUUCAUUUCAGCUAAUUAUAGAUAAAACGAAAAAAAAAACCUAAAAUUAUAAAUAUGUGUGUGCGUACCGAUCUUCAGUACUAAAGUGGUUAAUAACAAACUACUCUCCCAACAAUUUUUUUUUUGUUACAAUUUUAUUCUACUAACGAUGCAGUGACCAUGCUUCAUCUUAUUUAAUUAUAUUGAAACUUUCAAAUUGUAGUUUGACCAUUUAUCAUAGUGACAAAAGAGCAAGCAAGCGAAAAAAAAAAUAAUAAUGUAAUCCUUUUAUUAAAAUACAAACUUAUUUAAAAUAUAUAAGAUUAUUAAAAUAAUUAAACAAAAAAUUAAAAAAAAAAAAAAAAUAAAAAAUAUAUGAACUUUGUUCUUUUGUAAUAUAUUGCCGAUGUGUUGUGGAGAGAAAUGAAGAGAGCAGUUGAUGGAGGGGGUUAAAAAAAAUUGGACUGACGGACUUCUUUUUUCUAGAUCCCAUUUGAACUUCAAGCUCUGUGUUUUUUUGGUUUUUAAAAAUCCCUAGUGCUCGAAAAAAAGUGCUUAAUUGAAAAAAAAAAGAAAAAAAAAUGGAAAAUCCAAAAUCAAAAGUGAAAGUGAUAAAAAGAAGAAGAGAAAAAUGAAAGUCUCAAAUCAAAUCCCUCUCUGGACAUUACAAUUGGACAGUUACUCUCUCUCAAAAAGUGUGUUAUUAACCCCAACCAAAUUAAAAUAUUAAAAAAAAAACGAACAAUUUCUUAAUCAAAUGAUCCAAAAUGGUUUCUUCCCCACCAAAAAUCUCGAUGGAUUCAAGCUUUAAUUUUUUAAACUCCAAAAGCUUUUGAGUCUACUACUUUUUGUUGUUUUGAUAAUUAUUUAUAAUUAAUUGUUGUAUUCUUUCAGACCUGACCAGCAAUGGCAGCUAAAAAAAAAAAACAAAUAUUUUCAACUCUUUGACGGAGUUGUGCUUCACUGCUUUAAGUGUGGAGACUGUUGAAAUGUGCUGUGCUCUCGUGUCCAAGCUUACACCACUAAUUGUAUGUGUAUAUUGUGUACAUUUGUUAUUAUGAACUAUUCUAAUUUUGGAAAAAAGUUCCUUAAUUUUUUUUAAUGGUGUGAGCAUGAGAGCAAAAUAAGCAAAAAACAAAAAAAAAAACACACUGACAGAAGAUGAGUCCUUUAACAUUUUUAUUCAAACUAAUUUAAAUUUGUAUGUGUGUGUGAUGUCAAACUUAAGUUAAGUGGACGAAAAUAACCGUUUUAAAGCUUUUUUUUUGUAGAGGCAAAUCAAAAAUAAUCGAAGAUGCAAGAAGAUCAUUUUCUUUUUAACUGUAACUUUUCUUUUUAAAUAACUAGGUGCAACAUCAUAUCACAUCAAUAUCAUCAUUAUUUACCUUUAAAUAUUCAGGCAUAA